UGAAUGGACGGGGCUGCCGUUCUCAGCCCUGGGAUCGGUCGAUCACGCAGCAUCCAAACAAAACAAUGGGAAUCGCAGCCGUCGACACGGUCUGUGGCUUUCGCCAUCCUUGGUUCCAAACGGCAUUCAAAGUCCCCAACCAUCCGGAUGUGAUCCCCCCACCAAAUGCUUCCUAGGCGCACCUGUGCUUGUGCUAUAAUAACGCGCACGGAUGCACCUCGCUGAUCGAUCACUCAUCACCGGCGGCGGCCGGGAUCCACCCACCUGCUCUGCUCAUCGAUCGGAAAUCUCACCUGCAUUUUUCUUCAGAGUCGUCGGCCGGCUUGCAAAGCAAAGCUUACAGCAGAGAAUCAGAGAUGCUCUGCUCGUCGGAAGAAAUCACCUGCAUUGUUGCCUGGUUCAUUGCAUAUUUUUUUUGUUGAUAUACUGCAGAGAUAUAAUCAUGGCGACGCUCAUCAUCACCGUCAACCUAGAGUGCUGCCGCUGCAGCAGCAAGAUCCAGAAGAUCCUCUGCUGCAUCCAACAAGGAGAGUUCGUCAUCGAGAAGAUCGUGUACGAGAAGGACAAGGUUUUCGUCACAGGCCCAUUCGACGCCAACAAGCUGUCCAGCAAGCUGUGGUGCAAGGCUGGAAGAAUCAUCAAGAACAUCGAGGUCGCCAAGCCGACACCAAAAAAGUCACCUGAACCACCCAAACCGCCCAAGCCAGAGCCACUUUCAUGCAAGCUGAUAUACCCUUAUUACCCUUACCCGUUCCCGUGCCCACAGCCCGGUGCAUGGCCGUGCAGCUGCCCAAUGCCUCACUGUGGGUGCCAGCCGAAGCCGCCGGCGCCGGAACCGCCGGCGCCACCACCUCCGCCGUCGAAACCGCCGGCGUGCCAGUGCCCCACGUGGCCAUCGUGCUACUGCGGCGGCUACCCGCCGUACCAGCCGCUGCCGACGACCAUGCCGUACCCGAUGAUCGUCUGCGAUGACAGCCCGCCCUAUGGCGCCUGCACCGUAAUGUAAUGUUACUGAAUACUGCAUGCCUCUGCUGCUACUGUUUCCGGCCAGGUUCCAGCCUUAAAAGAAACAGGUCAUACUCUAGGUAAUAGAGUAUAUGCUUACGUAUGUGGUAUGUAUUCAUGCCUAGCUACUUAUGGAAGUGGCUUUCUAUAUUACCUAAAAAAUGCUAGGGCAUUUCAUUAUCAGUGAGUAGUUACCUGUGUACCAAAACUCACGAGUCACGGCAGUCAUCAAAUAUAUGAUAUUAUGCAGAAUAUUAUCUUUGUAGGAAGGUCCUCCCAAUUUUCAUCUAUGCCGAUGUAUAUAUGUGUCAAAUACAUGUUUCGGAGCAUCAUCAUACUGCAAUAUAUAGAUGUAACUGUCAA